AUGAGAACAAUUGAAAGACUGUCGUAUUGUGCCCUGGCCGGUGCAAUUCGUCUGUUACUGAUGAACUCAGAGUUUCAGAAAAUUAUCAGUAACAGAGUCGAAGUGUCCACCGCCCUUAACUCGUGGAAACGAGUGACCGAGGGUGUUCAUUUGCGAAACUCCAACAUCGAUCCCUACACAGGCGAUUUGUUUCACGAGACACCGGUAGGUCUCUUGGCAUUCACCUACAUUCACAAGUAUUUAUCAACCUGGGGUAUCAAGUGCAUCUUCAUCCUCGCUGACUUGAUCACUGCCUGGUGUCUGUUCGCUACAACUCGGCUUUAUGUCGUUGAACUUGCGAAGCACGAGAGGAAACACUCGAAAGGAGAAUCGCAGGACAGAGACACUUGCUACACGCCGAUCUCAAAAAUUGCGAGAACUUCAGUGCUGUACGUGCCAGCUGCAUACCUCUUCAAUCCUUUCAUCGUCCUGAACUGUGUAGGCCUCACCACAACAGUAUUUACGAACCUUCUUUUUGCGGCGACGUUGCUCUCAAUGAUAAAUAAAUCAAGGCUGUCCAGCUGCUUUCUGAUAGCUCUGGCCACCCUCCAGGGGCUCUAUCCCAUGGCGCUGAUGGUCCCGGCAACGAUCUACGUUGCCAAGGAUCUCCCUGAAGGGAAGAAACUUCUCCCCAUAGUGCAGAUGAUCCUCUUAUUCUCAUUUUUCACGGGAAUGCUGCUUUAUCUGUCAUAUCUCAUCAUGGGGAACUGGAACUUCAUUGGAAACACCAUGGGCUUCAUCCUAACUGUUCCAGAUCUUCGACCCAACAUUGGAUUGUACUGGUACUUUUUUACGGAGAUGUUCGAGCAUUUUAGGUGGCUUUUCAUUGCCUCCUUCCAGAUAAAUGUCGGCAUUUUGUAUAUUGUUCCCCUCGCCCUGAAGUUCAGGAAGGAUCCCAUGAUCCUUGCAUUUGCUUAUUUGGCUAUUGAAGCGAUAUUCAAAUCAUAUCCGUGCAUUGGAGACGUUGGAUUCUAUAUGGCGUUGCUGCCCCUCUGGCAACAUUUAUUCAAACACAUGCAGCAAGGCUUCCUCGUCGGCUGCCUCAUGCUCUUCUGCACAGUAUUUGCUCCAACAGUUUGGCACCAGUGGAUCUACUCGCGAUCAGCAAAUGCCAAUUUUUAUUUCGGUGUGACUCUAGCAUUCGCCAUCGCUCAAAUAUUUCUAUUGACAGAUAUACUCUUUGCUAGUGUUAAAAGAGAGCUGGCACUCCGUCAUGGAUUGUCAACAGAGAUCAACGGAAAAAAGGCUCAACUUAUUUUAGAGUAAUUCCAGAGUCAGAAUGGAAUGAAAUUCAAUUUUUUAAAAACUCAAAAAACAUCAGUAGCCCUAAGAUCUAGAAUAUAAUUGAAAUUGAGUGAAUGAGCAAGUGGAUUGAUACGAUGUGUUCUUUGAUUACUGAAAUAAUUCGUAAUGAAUCAAAAAUAAAAUGCUGAUGAGUACGAA